GGCCCGGGAUGUGCCGCACACGUGGGCCGGAUUGGUGGCCAGCAGUGGCUGUUUUUGGGCAAAGGGUGCUAUAGCCAGGAGACGGUGGUUCACGAGUUGAUGCAUUCCGUGGGCUUUAUUCAUGAACAGUCCCGUCCGGACAGGGAUGCCCAUGUUCAGAUCAUGUGGGAUAACAUCAAGGAGGGUGCAAAACGCAAUUUCCGCAAACACACGACCGACUACCUGGCCGACCACGGCUUCGAGUACGACCUG